UUAACCAAAGAAGAAGAAGAACCAUCCUGACAGCUUAGUUGUCACAUCAAGACCUUCUACUGUUUCCUAAGUCUUAAAUUCACUGUUUUUGUUUUAUUUGGAGUCUGUUUUACACUAUGUCUGCCCGGAACCCAGGGACCAAACUCGACCUAGAGAGGAUAUCUAAGGUCAGAGUGAACACCCAGGCGGUCCUGAAGCGAGCCCAACAAAUCCAGUCAAUGAAGACCCCCAAGAAACAGUGGCAGGCUGCCUGGCUGCUGAAGGCUGUCACCUGCAUCGACCUGACCACUCUGGCUGGAGAUGACACACCGUCCAAUGUCCACCGGCUGUGUCUGAAAGCCAUCCAACCCGUGAGAUAUGACCUGCUCAAGAGCAUGGAUAUGCAUGACAAAGGAGUGACGACGGGUGCAGUGUGUGUGUAUCCGUCUCGUGUCGCCGAUGCAGUUAAAACCCUCAAAGCGGCCAAUUCCAGCCUCCCUGUGGCCUCAGUGGCCACUGGUUUUCCUGCGGGCCAGACGCCGCUGGAGACUCGUCUGCAGGAAGUGCGUAUGGCUGUGGACGACGGUGCCACCGAGAUUGACAUCGUCAUCAACAGGAUGCUGGCGAUCACAGGACAGUGGGAAGCCAUGUAUGAUGAGAUCUGUCAGUUCCGAGAAGCCUGCGGUGACGCUCACAUGAAGACCAUCCUGGCUAUUGGAGAACUGGGCACCUUCACCAACGUCUACAAGGCCAGUCUGGUGUCCAUGAUGGCUGGUUCAGACUUCAUCAAGACGUCCACGGGAAAGGAGGCGGUCAACGCUACAUAUCCUGUUGCCAUAGUGAUGGUGAGGGCCAUCCGCGACUACUUCCUGAGCACAGGCCACAAGGUGGGCUUUAAGCCGGCGGGGGGGAUCCGGACCGCCAAGGAGUCUCUGGUGUGGCUCACCCUCAUCAAAGAGGAGCUGGGUAACGACUGGCUCUGCCCUCACCUGUUUCGCCUCGGAGCAAGCAGCUUAUUGGCUGACAUCGAACGGCAGAUUUAUCAUCAUGUGACUGGACAAUACGCCGCCUACCACGAGCUGCCGAUGGCGUGAAGCUGUGAACAACGUCCUGACCUCAAACCCACCACAUGGGCCUUCCUCUGCUCAUUACACGGUUCUGUGUGAUGUUGUAUGUCGUCUACACACACAUUUACUGACGUGUCAACGAAUGUGUGGGAACAGUGUAAAGAGUGAAAUGAGCUAAAUGUGCUUUUUGCCAAGCAGAAGAAACUGUAAUGAGACUGAAGUAUAAAAAACUUCUAAUACUAAGAUGCUGAUUUUUCACAUGAACUCUCUAAUCUUUAGCUAAUAAAAGGUAAUAUAUCUGAAAACA